UAAGGCUAUUUGGGAAUUCAUGGGCCCUGGAGCGGCAGCCGGCGCCCUCAGGAUUUUCAGAGAUUACAAACGUGUAUUUUAGGCAUUUUAGAAUUGGGAACUACCUCGGGAUGGGAACUGGAUCAAAGUCUUCUUUGCCAAUUUAAGAACCAAACUUUUUAUUUAAAUUUAUUGGUCUUGAUUUAUCUGAUAUUUUAGAAGUAAUACUUAUUUGUUCUUGAUAAAAGUAAGAAUUUUUAAGGGAAUUCCCUUCAUAAGUCCUCGAAAGGGCUAAAAUAUGACUUUAGUGCUAAGAUUCCCUAAAAUAAGCCAGGGAGUUGCUCUCUAUUAAGCUAUAAUGAGUAAUCCUUGAUUUUAAGCUACUUGGCAUUCAAUGAUGGCAUAAGCUGAUUUAAGUCGAUAUAUUGUCAUUUUUAUAGCUCCAAAUUUAUUUUAUGGGUUUACUGUCCUACCUAGUCGAUCAGGUAGCUACUAAGACUAGUGAUUUUGCCAUUUCAUCAAAAGGUAGGUAGGAAGGCAUAGGCUAAACUAGAAAUAGGGUGAACCAAUCGUUAGUAUGCGUGAGUAAUAGAGGCCAUAUUAUCUCUAAGUGCUAGACUUCAUUUAUGACCAAGUUAUGGUCGGUCACGGUAACUGGUGUUUUGUCCCAUUCUCAAAAGUUUUGUAGUGGUGUUUUCUUUGUUUGGUAUGGAUUUAAUCCUAAUUUUUUAAUAUUACUAGCUGCUUUUAUUAUACAUGUUUUGGGAUUCGAGCAUGAAGGGAUGAAGGUAAAUCAAGAGAGCACUUUAGUGAGGUCUAGUUAGCCUUAGAACUAUCUUUUUCAGUUGUUUAUUUCAGCUUACUUAAUUUUUUCCAUCUCAUAAAGAUCAUGGGUUGGAGCAGAGCACUACAAGUUCUGCUUCAGCAAACUUUCUGUGUGGUUUGGAGCAGGAAUAAAAUUUAUUCAGAUUGGUUUGUGGGUUUUGAGCCAAUAGAAAUUCAGCAUUAGACCACUGGCCAGCAUCUUAAUUUGAAUUUUUUGACCUUCUUGGAUUACCUAGAUUAAGAAUAACAUGAUGCAGCGGGGGAUAGGUUAUGUGAGUUUAAACCCCAAUAAAAUAUUUGAGAAAAUAAUCCAGAUUUUCAUGAUUGCUCCUAAGUAAAAAUCUUGGUGAAUUUGGCCAAACCAUAAGGAAGCUGUGAAGAGAGUUACAAGGUGUGACCUCUGUAGCAAAGUCUUUUUGAAAUUUCCUGCUACAGAGUUUAGCAGCUCCUCCAAAUUUCGAAGAUCUUUGUCUCAGUUUUGAGUGAAUAAUUGGUGCUAUUUCAAAAAUAUUUUAAAUUAAUGAUUUUUCUAGGAGAAAAGUCAAGAGUAGAAUUGAUAAGUAAGUUUGGUGCCAAACCACUCCUCUGCAAUAAUCCUUGAAGCUCAAAUUAGGCUGCUUCAACCUGUGGCUUAUAAAAACUCUCCUAACACUGCUAUAGCAGACCUAUUAAGAAGAGUACAAGGAACUCUAAGCUGAAAAGCUCGAGUGAGAUAAGCAUCAGUUACGGGUUUUCAAAGACAAAAUCCUCAUAUCUGUCCCAAUUCAUCACUAAGAAUGCUUACAAAAACAAGAGCAUCAAGACUUCGAGGAAAAAGAAGGACUCUGGGAAAAGCAUGAAUUUUAUAACUCCGCCCUCAAAGAUUAAUUUUUCGCUGAACAAUGGUAAAAUUGACAUGAAAUUACAAAAACUCAGUGAAAAAGUCUUUGCAUCGCCUACAAAGGGUAGGCAUCGGAGAACCAGGUCUACCAUCACGCCUGAAAUGCUUGGAAAUUGUCCAAUUCCACACUUAAAUCAUGAAGAGAAAGCACCGAAGAAGCCACCUCAGGAGUUUUCUAAGCAAAAGAAAAGGAAAGCUAAUAAGACGAAUAUCGUCACAUUCUCUCCGAUUCUGGAAGAGGAAAACUAUGAUAAUGUGAUAGUCAAGACAUGAGAAGAGGACGAAAAGGGUGAAAUCAAUGGGCCUAGCUACAUUGAUGCCAUCAAAUUUGCCUCUGUAUAUAAUACCCAGGCUGACUCCCAAGGCUCCCAAGCUCUUGAUGACCAAAUGAUCAAGGCUAAGAUGGAUAAGAUUAAUGAAUACAGGGACAGACUUAGAAGAAAAUCUGAGAUUCUGAGCAGAAAUGUCAAGAAGGAGGAGAGGUAUAAUGUGAAAAAUACAUCAUCAAAGGCUGAAUCUGGUAUUGCAGGGUCUUCAACACGUGAAUCACAGAACUAA